CAUUCAACUCGAGUCAAGCUUUCUUUACCGACUCGUUAACACGUUCUUUCGACCUUUCAGCUUUUACGACACUCUCUCACUACUUUUCAACUUUUCACUUUCAUUUUUAUUCCUCCUACAGUUUCUAUGGAUAUCGCCAGGAGAACUAGAUCUCGCGUCAAGAACAACGACGAAAACGCUGCUCCGCGUAUUCCCAUGGCCACCAAAAACGUUAUGGCCACUAAGCCUACCACCACCACCGUUGGCUUGAAGACAGGUGCUAAACGCGCCGCUCUCGGCGAUCUCUCCAACGCCGUCAAGCAAGAACAACAAAAGUCUUCCAUCCCCGUCAAAGCUAUCGAUGUCGCCCGUCCUCGAUCUUCUCGCGUUCCCCUUGCUGCUAAGACCAAUGUAAUGGUCCAGAAGGAGGAGCAGGUUGACGUCAAGCCCAACUUGUUGAAGAAGAGCCAUACCGUUCAGGUUUUGGCUGAUGCGUCCGGUAUGGAUCUCGAUGAUGAGGAGGAGACUACUUCUGCCGAGGAAGACCUCUCUGAUGAGGAUAUUGAGGAGGACCAGGACCUCUCAUCCGUUGGCGAGCACUCUGUUGGCGCCUUCAGCGGCAAUUCCAUUGCCCUUGUCGAUCACUCCAUCACCAUGAACAUCGACCCACACAUGGCUGGUGCAUUCAAGCUCACUCACUCGCAAGCCGCCGAACUCCGUGCUGUGCAGGAUCAGUUCGUCGACGAGCACGACCCUUGGGACACCACCAUGGUCAGUGAGUACUCUGACGAGAUCUUCAGCUACAUGAAGGAUUUGGAGAUGAAGAUGUUGCCCAACCCUCGGUACAUGGAGCACCAGACCGAGAUUGAGUGGCACAUGCGUGCUGUCCUCGUCGACUGGCUCGUCCAGGUCCACGCCCGUUUCAGGCUCUUGCCCGAAACUCUCUACCUCUGCAUCAACUACGUCGACCGUUUUCUCUCUCUCAAGGUUGUCUCCCUCCAAAAGCUGCAGCUCGUUGGUGCGGCCGCUCUCUUUGUCGCUGCCAAGUACGAGGAGAUCCAAUGUCCCUCCGUUCACGAGAUCGUCUUCAUGGUCGACCGUGGCUACACUGCCGAGGAGGUCUUGAAGGCUGAGAGGUUCAUGAUUAAUAUGCUCAACUUUGAGCUCGGAUGGCCCGGACCGAUGUCCUUCCUCCGUCGUAUCUCGAAGGCAGACGACUACGACCUCGACACCCGUACCCUCGCCAAGUACCUCAUGGAAGUCACCCUCUGCGAGCGCAAGUUCGUCGGAGCCCCUCCGUCGUUCGUGGCUGCCGUCGCGCACUAUCUCGCCCGCACCAUGCUCGGCAAGUCUGACGAGGAGGGCGGCAUCUGGACUGAGGCGCACCUGUACUAUUCUGGAUACACUCAGGGACAGUUGGAUCCCGCUGUUGAGUGUUUGAUUGAUGGUAUGCUUAGGCAGCCCAAGGUUUCUCACCGGUCUGUGUAUGAGAAGUAUGCGGAUAGGAAGUUCAAGAAGGCGAGUCGGUUUGUGGAGGAGUGGAUGAAGGGGCGUUAUUAA